GCACCAAGCUCAAGGUUAUGUGACUUUCUCUUCCAAUUCUGCCCUGCAGAGUGUAAGACGCAGAAAAUGCAGACGAAGGUUGACUUCUACUUAAAUCCCUAUCCCCAAAAGCCCAGACGUACGGACUCGAAGGCCUGUGGCCAGAUCGUGCGUGGGUGCCUACUACAGAUUUAUGAAAAGCACCUAAGGGCCAGCGUGUUUGCCUUCUAAGGCGUACUGUUCCGCAGCGUCGGCAUCCUCAGGCCUUCACGGAAAUCGAGCCAUUUUUUACAAGGAGUGGGGAUAAACCUGGUGAUCGGAUGAGGGACUACGCGUAACUUUCUUUCUCUCCAGAUCCAUCCCGGAGGAGGCUGGGCGGGCGGACGGGCGGGCGGCUGCUCCGGUCCAGGGGUGGAGGUCGGGGCCCCGACCCGACGCAGCCAGGCGGAAGCGCGGCUGCCAUUGGCCCAGAGGCUGCUUUUACCUGCGCGGGGCCCGGGGCGCAAAGUCCGAGGCGCCGGCGGGGAGGAGGCGGCGGCCGGCAGCGCAGGUGGGCCCGCGCCCUCGGCCCUGCAAGAUGCCCCUGAGGCUACGGGGGAAGAAGAAGGCCAAGUCCAAGGAGACCGCCGGGCUGGUGAAGGGCGAGCCGACGGGCGCGGGCGGCGGGAGCCCCUCAGCGUCCCGGGCUCCCGCACGCAGGCUGGUCUUCCACGCGCAGCUGGCGCACGGGAGCGCCACGGGCCGAGUGGAAGGCUUCUCCAGCAUCCAGGAGCUCUACGCCCAGAUCGCGGGCGCGUUUGAGAUUUCGCCGUCGGAGAUCUUAUAUUGCACUUUAAACACACCUAGAAUUGACAUGGAAAGACUCCUAGGAGGACAACUAGGACUAGAAGAUUUCAUAUUUGCCCAUGUGAAAGGAAUCAAAAAAGAAGUGAAUGUGUAUAAAUCUGAGGAUUCACUUGGUGUCACCAUUACAGAUAAUGGUGUUGGCUAUGCUUUUAUAAAGAGAAUUAAAGAUGGUGGUGUUAUUGACUCAAUUAAAACAAUCUGUGUUGGGGAUCAUAUUGAAUCCAUAAAUGGAGAAAAUAUUGUUGGGUGGCGUCACUGUGAUGUUGCUAAGAAGUUAAAGGAAUUAAAAAAAGAGGAACUCUUUACCAUGAAUUUAAUAGAACCUAAGAAGGCAUUUGAAAUAGAGCCUAGGUCAAAGGCUGGAAAGUCAUCAGGAGAAAAAAUUGGUAGUGGAAGGGCAACACUUCGCCUGAGAUCAAAAGGUCCUGCCACCGUGGAAGAAAUGCCUUCUGAAACCAAAGCAAAGGCAAUUGAAAAGAUUGAUGAUGUUCUUGAAUUGUACAUGGGAAUUCGAGAUAUUGAUUUAGCCACCACAAUGUUUGAAGCUGGAAAGGACAAAGUUAAUCCAGAUGAAUUUGCUGUGGCGCUUGACGAAACUCUUGGAGACUUUGCGUUCCCAGACGAAUUUGUCUUUGAUGUUUGGGGAGUCAUUGGUGACGCCAAACGAAGAGGAUUAUGAUGUGGACACUCCACCUCUGAAGAAACGACCUAUCGUUCUUUUUUUUUCUUUUUUUAAAAGUCCCAUAAGAUCUGUUUUUGGACACCUUUACUAACUGUGGUUUAAUUUCAUGUGUAUGGAAUAUAUUCUUUGAAAUAUAAUUUUGGUAAUUUUGAUUUCUGGGCACUUUUUAAUGUUACUGAUGUAGUAUGCUUAAGAGAAAUGACCUAAAUAAGGAUAAAUUGUAAUAUUCAUUCAAAAGGAUUUUAAAAGUAAGUUUUAAGGAGUAUUUCUAGAUAGAUGAUUUUCUUCUCCAUUAAUACCCAUGCUUUGUUUUUCACAUAUAAAUAGUUGAUUUCAAUAGCUUUGUAGUUUUUUUUUUUUCAAAACCUUAAUGUAAACUAGGAUUGGAGUAUGAUUUACCUCAUAGCAUCUUCAUGGUGUUAUCCUAGUUUGAACAGGAUAUGUUCAGGCAAUGAAAGGUGAAUGAUGCCCCUUAUUGUUCUAGAAGCAUUUUUUUUUUUUUUUUGAUUUUCUGAGUAAGGGAAGGAAGAUUCCUGUGGCAUGUUGAUUUCUAUGGCCAACUUUCUCUUUUUGUAAAACAAAGAUUGAUUGAUUUUCUUGUAUGCUUCUUUAUACAAGCUCUUAAAACUUGUGGUUGAAAUCUGUGCUGUGUCUCUGCAUGUGUAAAAGAAGGGUAAAAAAAGAAGUAGGUAGGGUAGAACUACUUGAAUUUGAUUUUUUUUCAGUCCUUAAAACAUUAUUUCUUUUUUUCACCCAUAGCUACUUUUAUGUUACUUUUAUAAGCACUCCAGGGAAGAUUUUAUUUUUUUUUGUAGAGUUUUUGGAAAGUUAUUUACUCAAAAUAACUGUUUUAGAACUUUUUUUUUUUUUUUGGUUAAACAUCAGCACUUUUUAGUUCCUUAAACUUUAGAAGAGAGACUGUCAGAAAUAGAUUUCCUUCCAGUGGAAAGAAAGGAGGAAGGGAGAAUUGAGAAAAUAUAUUAGUCUAUUAUUUUAGAGUUCUAAUGCACUCCUCUAAACCUUACAUUGUAGAGAAAAUUGAGGGUAAAUGACUGUCUUAUCACUCUUAUUUGACAUUUUAUAGGUGUAAGAGAAAUGGAAAUGAAUGGUUUCAACAAAGAUCAUUUAAUAUAGCAGAGCAUGGUGUGACCAAGCAUCUUUGUAAAGUGUUAGAUGAAAAAUGCUGUGUGCUGCCUUGGUAAUCGGAAAUAAUAACCUGUUAGGGAUGUAUUCUAGGAAAUCAGAAGUAGUUCUCUUUUCUUGCUGGGUUGUUGCUUAGAUAACUCUUGUGUUCUGAUAAAACUUUAGUUUUACUACCAUCCACUCCUUUGUCAAAUGAGUUUAAUGCCAUAAAGCUGAUAUUCUUUGUCUGAUUAAUUUGAAAUCUGCACAGAAGCUGUUUUAGUCAUUAAUGUGUAACAAAAGUAGCUUAUAGAAUAUGGAUUUUCUUAUUGCUGUUGCUCAUCAUUUGAAAAUAAAAUCUAGCUCAAGUUGUAA